AUGAGGACUAUUGAGAAUGACUUGUUAGAAAAGAAGGAAGUCCUGAGGAGUGCUGUGGGAGAAAUAAAGAGCUAUAGCAUUUUAUUGAAGGAUGAUCUUGAAAUGGAUAAACAGAGGGUUAAGAAAAUUGCAAUCGCCUAUGAGCAUUCAGGUGGGCUGCUACAAAGGACAAAUCAAGCAUUAGAUCAGCUGCUGGCCCAAAGUGAAACAUUAGCAUUAACAUGAGAUUUAUAUCGUUAAAUGUCCGCUAUGGGGUAGCCAUUUCCAGAGCUGCCACCAUAUUUGUCCACGUACCGGGCCCAUGGACCUCUGGAUCGAUCAACUUCGUUGCGCCAAGGCACGGGCAAAUAAGACGUUCCGGCUUCGACUCAGCUCCUGCGCGUGUUCCACCGAGGGUCACCUUCCUCGGGUGUGCUGAGAUGUAAAACUUCGAGCCUCUUGAAGUACUUGGAGCAGCCUCGGCUUAUCUGCCAGAGUUAAAUUGCUGUUCCUGUGCAGAAGUUCUCAGAAGAAACUCAACCCCAUAAAUAAAAUUCCAUGAGGGAGAGAAAAUUUGCGGAGCAAUUCCGCUCGAACUGAAUGUCAUUUUAUAUUUAUGGCCCAAAGCGAAACAAGGGUGGCGAUUUAUGUUGUAGGAGUUUGUGUUAUGAUAUUUGUUGUUGCCUGGAAAUUCUUAUUUUAA